AAUUAUUAAAAGAAUAACAUUUUGAAGAAAGCAGUUACUGUAGCGGCAUCUAGUAAUAUUUAAGGGAAUAUUAUGCCUUAGUUGACUUGCCCUGUGGCAUAGAUGGCACCACUUUCCAUACAUUUUGUUUUCUUGUCCUCAAAGUACUGUACUGUCACCCCCAUGAUUCAUCUGUCACAUUUUCGAUUUUCCGUUCAUUGGUUUGACUCAGUAUUCAUGAGUAUUCCAUCUGUUUUAUUGUUUGGAUUCUAUGUAUUACCAUUAUCAGUAAUACAACUAAGUACACUGACAAGCGUUGAUUAAAAUGUCGUCAAUAGACUUCGAUCCGGCAAUAAAGUUGUGCUUAAAAUAUUUACAUUCAAGUGCGACCGAUUCCACCGAACAAUUGCGGUUAACUUUGGAUGAUCAUAUUCGUCAAACUUACGGCAGUGCCAAAACUUUGGGGAAUGUUUUGCCGAAAAAGUACUUGACUGAAGAAAAACUUGAGUCUCCCAGAUCGAAGCACAAGACCGAUAAGUCUAGUACUAAAACUGUUUCAUUGCCACAACAAAGCCCUCAACAAAUACAAAUACCUGAACGUGAAAAUGAUGACGGUUCGGUCAUGGAUGGAGAAUUGUCCCUGGAUUUGUUAGAAGAAGAUCUGACUUGUGCUGUGUGCAGGCAGAUAUCAGUACAAGCUGGAAACCGCUUAGUAGAGUGUGAUGCUUGCUGUGCUCUUUAUCAUCAGGACUGCCACAAACCGGUUAUCAGUGACAAUGAUAUUGGCACUGGUUGGCAGUGUGCCUCUUGCCUGUCAUCCCAGGGAGUUGCUGCAGGCUUUGUAAAGACUACAACCAUAGCUAAAUCACCAUCCCAUGUAUCAGGAUCUACAACUCCGGUCAAGAUAUCUUCAAGCAGUUCUUCUUCGUCAUCUCCUUCUAAGGUGGUGACUCCUAACAUUAACAUUAUAUCAGCGGAUAAGAGAUUGCAGAUCAUGAAGAAGAAGGCAGCGAAACAGCAUGAGAAGAAAAAAAGUUCUAAAUGAUGAUAGCUUGCUUUGUUUCAUUCUAAAUGAAACAAAGUAAAAAGACUUUCAAAGUAGUGUAUUUUAUAAGAUUUAGACUUAUAAGAAUAUAAUUAAAUAAUAGAUGACAA